AAGACAGUUUCUGCUGCAGAGCAGUGAACCACACAGAGCCUCCAGCAGCGUUCAGCUAUGAGUCGCUAUCGCUUCCAAAUCAUCGCCGCUGCUGUGCUGGUGAUUCUGGCAAUAAUUGGGAUUUUGCUGGUGGUCCUUCCAGCAAAAGAGGUGACAACGCCUGCAGAUAACAUGUAUGGGAUUGUACUGGAUGCCGGCUCCUCCCACACCUCCAUGUUCAUCUACAAAUGGCCAGCUGACAAGCAAAAUGGCACUGGUAUUGUUACCCAGCACAGUGAAUGUCAUGCAAAAGGUGGCGGGAUAUCCAGCUAUGCCGGGAAACCAGGUGAUGCUGCCAAGAGUUUGGAGGAGUGUAUGAAUCACGCCCUUAAGGAAAUUCCCAAAUCUAGACAACAUCAGACUCCCCUGUGCCUGGGUGCCACAGCAGGGAUGAGGCUCCUCAAAAGACUCAAUCCGACAGAAUCUGAGCAGGUCCUGAAAGAAGUCAGAGACAAACUGCGCUCCUACCCUUUCCAGUUUAAGGAGGCCAAAAUUCUGAGUGGGCAAGAAGAGGGCGCCUUUGGCUGGGUCACCGUCAACUACUUACUUGAAAACUUCAUUAAGUAUGGUUUUGUAGGACAUUGGCUGAAUCCAGGAAGAAACACAAUUGGAGCUUUGGAUUUAGGUGGAGCUUCCACUCAGAUUACAUUCGAGACCUCGCAAAACUUGGAGAGCCUAGAGAGUCAAAUGAACCUGACCCUUUAUGGAAAUACCUACACUUUGUACACACACAGCUUCCUGUGCUACGGUCAAGACCAGUUCCUCAAGAGACUCCUAGCUCAUCUUAUCCAGACUCAAAAUGUGUCGGAUCAAGUAAUCAACCCCUGCUACCCACCAAAGUUUAACAUUUCUAUAAAUCUUGGGACAGAUGUCUUUGAUUCUGUUUGCACAAAGAAAUACAAACCAGCCAAUUUGGAUGCUAAGAGGAAUGUAACAGUGGUGGGCUCAGGAAAUUAUCAGCAGUGUGUCAGAAACGUAACGGAGAUCUUCACUUUUAGCAACUGUUCCUACUCGAUGUGUUCCUUCGACGGAGUGUUUCAGCCCAGAGUGACGGGAAGCUUCAUGGCUUUCUCAGCUUUCUACCACACACAGAAAUACAUCAAAGAUAUCACCAACAUAGCCCUCACAUCUCCCAGUCAUGCAGUGGAAGCAGCCAAGUUCAUCUGCAACAUGACCAUCACUGAGCUCCUUCACAAGGGAAAUUUGACAGAGAAAUACAUGAAAUACAUGAAGAAUCUCUGCUCCAUGUCUACUUUUGUCCAAGUCCUCUUAACCAAUGGGUACCAUUUUGAUGAAGCUUCAUUUCCUCACAUUUCUUUUGAGCAAAAUGCAGCAGGAGCUUCAGUAGGAUGGGCUUUGGGAUACAUGCUCACAGUGAGCAAUGAAGUGCCUGCAGAGAGUCUUAGCAUGAUGAAGGCCCUCCCCUCAGGGCCUUGGAGGGGCGUCAUUGUCAUCUUUAUUGCAUUUGUUUUAUUUGCACUAGGAUAUUGCUUGAUUAUCUACAGAAAUGCAAAUGACUAGAACAGACAGUAUUCCACAUGAAAAAUUAGAAACAUGAGAAGCAAUAUUAAAAGCCAAGGAAAUUCUA